AUGGGCAUCGUCUCAAGCACGGCUGGACGCCGGGACGGGAACAACGGCAAGGACAGACACCAGCAGGUUCAACUGGAUGAUGACCAGGGGACUCCAAAUGCCGUCGGCCACUCGCAAACACUCUGGAUCUUAAUAUUCCGCGGCUACCCUCGCGAUAUUCAAUCCACCCGAGUUACCGAGCUGUGUAUCGUCUUUGAUGAUAACGAAAAUAAAAACCUCACCAUCCGAAUUCAGGGCAGCCACCCACACUAUAGCGUGGAGGAAGUAUGGAACCAAACUCAUCCGCGAACGAGACCGCACUUUUAUCGACGACUUGCAGUUGCGACAGUUGAGACCAGCGCGGAGCCCGAUACGCGGCUACGCGACGCUAUUCUUGGGACUCAUGUGAACAAUACUGAGCUGGAUUGGAACUGUCAAAGUUGGGUUGGAGACGUGUUGACGACGCUUCAAGACGCAAGACUUAUUACCGACGAAGAAGGAGAUAAUGCGUUGAACGGGAUGGUCAACUACAUCGCCCGGGCGCCGUGGGAAUAG